CCCAAUAAGUAAUGAAGUAACAACAGCGGCGAAAUGUUGGAGUUUGAUUCCGAGCUGUUCUUCCGAGUGGCUCUUUUCGCAUUUCUUAUUCCAGUAAGUUCCGGGGCUUGUAUCGAUUUGGAUCUUGGUUUGGGAAAUAGCAAAAUUUCAGAUGGUAGCAUAACUGCUUCAUCUGUUCAGAGUGCCAGCACACCAGCUAAGAAUGGUCGACUGAACUACAAAUCAGGAUCAUCAUGGUGUGCAGGAACAAGCAAGACUAAUCCAUAUCUACAGAUUGAUCUACAGACGCUUCAUAUCAUCUGUGCUGUGUCUACACAAGGGAAUUCUCAAGCAGAUCAGUGGGUAAAGACUUACAGACUACAAUUAUCCACAGCUGGUACAAUUUGGACAGACUACAAGGAGGGUGGACAAGUUAAGUUCUUUUUGGGAAAUGAUGACCGAAACUCAAUCAUGAAACAUGUUGUUUAUGGAGUGUUAACAAGAUAUCUGCGAUUCUUGCCACAAACACACCAGGGUGGGGUGUGUAUGAGAACAGAGGUGUUUGGAGUGAAACAAAAGCCAGUAUGUGAUAGUCCGGCCAUUGGUGUGGCUAGAGAUGAUGUAAUUCCAGACAGCAGUUUCUCAGCCUCAACACAUUUUAAUGAAAAGUAUCUUCCUUCGUUUGCUCGCCUGAAUAGAAGUAAGCCAGUUGACCGCGGUUGGGCACCCAAAACUAAAAAAGAUCCAGCUGACUACCUACAAAUUGAUCUCCUGUAUGACUUUGUAAUCUGUGCUGUUGCUACUCAAGGAGUCAAUUAUGUAGAUGAGUGGACAACAAAGUACAAGAUUAAUUUAUCCAUGGAUAGUUCCCAUUUUUAUGUUUAUAAAGAAAACAAUGCUUUGAAGGUCUUUAAUGGUAACUCUGGGAGAAAUGACAUAGUAAAACAUGAUCUGAGGAAGUAUGCAUUGGCAAGGUUCAUCCGUUUUAUGCCAACAGAGUAUUAUGGCUGGAAGGCAUUGAGAGUGGAAGUUUAUGGAAUGCUCCUAUCCGCAGGUCCAUCACAAGCUCCAGGCAACUUCACUGUGACUGUGAUUUCAUCUAGCAGUAUAAGAGCAUCAUGGACAUCGCUGCCAGAAUAUGCCAGACAUGGAGAUAUAACAGAAUAUAAGUUGUUCUUCAGAGAGCAAGGCACGGUGGACAAUUCAAACAUGGAGCCUAUUGCUGGAGCUGCAACAUUAACUAAAGAUGUCAUCAAUCUUGAGAAGUACACAAAAUAUGAAUUCCAAGUGUUGGCUGUUAAUUCUCGCGGUGAGGGACCAAAAAGUUCUAUGAAGGUUGAGCAGACACUGGAGGAUGCACCAAGCAUUCCUUCAAACCUUUCACACUCAGAGAUAAAGCCAGAUAAACCAUUUGGUCCAAAGGUAAAGCUUACUUGGCAUAAGCCAGCAAAAGAAAAUGGAAUUAUCAGAAGUUACACUGUGUUCUAUAGUCACAAUGAAGAUCCUCAUCGGAUUCACACUAAAACGUUAGGAGAAAAUAUGUUAAGUUAUACUGUAGAUGUGCUAGGAGGGGCCACUUAUCAGUUCCACGUCAGAGCUGUAACUAUCAAACCAGGACCAAAUGCUACUAAGUCUGUUCAAACUAAUGAAUAUGAACCCAGUGUAGCACCAAAGGAUGUGUUUUCCAGUACACUUAAUCAAACAACCUUCAACAUUUCAUGGUCACCUCUGACAAGAGAAGAAAGUUAUAGCAAAGUUACUUCAUAUGAGAUCAAGGCAUUUCUUAAGUCUUCUGGAGAUCGACAAAAAAGGUCUCCAGACAUCAGCAAAACUGUUGACACACUAAGAGCAUCUGCAAUUCUCUAUGAUAUUCCGCCUUGUUACAGUGUGUCUGUGCGAGCAUAUACUGUUGCUGGUCCUGGACCAUUUAGUCAACCCUUACCACUGGAAACGUUGACAUGGGCUCCCAACAAGCUAGGAGCAACAAACGCUCAGUCAACAGAGAUGACAUUGGAAUGGCAAAGACCCCAGACUGCUACUGGAGAAAACUGGAAGGUUGAGUACUCUGGGAAAAAGUCAUACAACAACAGCUUUUUACAUGAAGGCAGCAAAGAUGUACAGGGGACAACAAAAUGUACCCUUGAUAACUUGGUACCAGGUACCAAAUAUGAGUUUCAAGUUUAUGGAAUCUCAAAAUGUGGAAACAAGGGAUCCCCGACUUAUUUGGAAAAGGAAACAGAAAUAGGAGAGCCAUUGGCUCCAGUUGUACCAUCAUUGACCAUCAGGAAGGUUUCUGAGUCACAGGUUGAAGUUGAACUGUGGCCUGCAGAACAAAGAAAUGGUCCAAUAAGUGCUUAUCAAGUCAUUGUUCUGAGAGUUGUUGAUGGUGUUGAGACGCUUCCCGCUGAGUAUAAAUCACAGUUAGAGGAUUCAAACAAAGAUAGCCUGAACUUUUAUGUUGCUGCCGAUAUAGAAAAUAUUCCAGUCUAUGAGAAGUCUUGGAAGUUCACCGUCGGCGACGGGAAUCGAUAUGGAAAAUUUAUUAACAAAAAGCUUGAAAGAGGAGAUGACUACAUUAUUUAUCAGAGAGCCAUAACAGAACACGAAGGCGACGUUUAUGGAGAGGUCAGCGAAGUCGCCAGGAUUUCUGUUGAAGCAGGAGCGACUGGGCUAAACGCUGCAGCUGUUGCUGUACCUGUGGUGUUCUUGCUGCUCCUUAUUCCGGCGGUUGUUGUUGCCGUGUUCUUCUAUCGAAGGAGGAAGCUNUCACGGAAGGAGGGUGAUGAGGGAAAGUCUCCAGCUCCACUGGAUGACAUCCAGAAUGGUCCAGUUCCUAACUCAACCGGAGGAUUUUAUGAAAACGUUGGUUUUGUCGCUAGCCGUGAACAAGAGCAAGAUGCUGUAGAUACAUCCUCGUCUGGUGACGAGGAACUUGUCUACAGUCAGCCUGACGAUGGGAAACCCAAACCAAUUCCUGUCGAUGAGUUUCCAAAAUACUUCAGGAAAAAAUCAAAAAAUGGAGCUAUUGUGCUGCGAGAGGAAUUUAAGGAUUUUCUUGGAGGCAUGCAGGCUUCCUGGAAUGCUGGCCGGAAAAACAGAUCUAAGAACCGUUAUGGAAACAUAACUACCUAUGAUCAUUCUCGUGUUGUUUUGGACAAAGUAGAAGGCGAUCCUACGUCUGACUACAUUAACGCUAGUUACAUCCCGGUAAGUUGCUCAUUGAAUACGUAUACACAGUUCUUUCCAAUGAGUGUCUUGAAACCAAAACCAAAGUCAACGCGAUCGCCAAUCAGAGCAAGGGAAAAUCUCAAGGAGCCAGUAAGAACUUAAAGUCAGUGUUGGUAAAGUACUAAACCGUCCUAAGCGCGGGAAAACGCAAGUA